AUGGCCGGCCUUAGGAGGCGCGGCCGGGGAGGAGGCCUGGGCCUGCUGGCCCAGAGGGAACAGCAGGAGCGGCUGCGCGAGGCCGCGGCCCUGGGGGACAUCCGGGAGGUGCAGAAGCUGGUGGAGAGCGGGGUGGAUGUCAACUCCCAAAAUGAGGUCAACGGCUGGACCUGUCUACAUUGGGCGUGCAAACGCAACCACGGGCAAGUGGUCUCUUACCUGCUAAAAUCAGGAGCUGACAGAGAGAUCCUGACCACCAAAGGGGAGAUGCCAGUGCAGCUGACAUCGCGGAGAGAGAUCAGGAAGAUCAUGGGAGUGGAAGAGGAGGACGAUGACGACUUCCCCCAGCAGAAGGAGUUGGAACUGCCCUUUGUUCCCAACUACUUGGCCAACCCACCCUUCCCCUUCAUCUAUUCCCCCACUGCAGAAGAUUCAGCACCGCUGCAGAACGGAGGCCCCUCCACCCCUCCAGCCUCACCCCCCGCAGAUGGCUCCCCUCCGCUGCUGCCCCCAGGGGAGCCCCCCCUGCUAGGGCCCUUUCCUAGGGACCACACUUCUUUGGCACUGGUGCAGAAUGGAGACAUGGCUGCCCCCUCUGCCAUCCUCAGAGCACCAGAAAGCACAAAACCGGGGCCUGUUUGUCAGCCACCAGUGAGUCAGAGCCGCUCCCUGUUCUCUUCUGUCCCAUCCAAGCCACCUGUGUCUCUGGAGCCUCAAAAUGGGACAUUCACAGGACAGGCACCAGCCUUCCAGCCAUUUUUCUUCACUGGAGCAUUUCCAUUUAAUAUGCAAGAGCUGGUACUUAAGGUGAGGAUUCAGAACCCAUCCCUGCGAGAAAACGAUUUCAUUGAAAUUGAACUGGACCGACAGGAGCUCACUUACCAAGAGCUGCUCAGAGUGAGCUGCUGCGAGCUGGGUGUCAGUCCAGACCAAGUGGAAAAGAUCAGAAAGCUCCCCAACACUCUGCUGAGAAAGGACAAAGACGUUGCUCGACUCCAGGAUUUCCAGGAGCUGGAACUGGUUCUUAUGAUAAGUGAAAAUAAUUUUCUGUUCAGAAAUGCUGCCUCCACCCUGACUGAACGGCCUUGCUACAACAGGAGAGCUUCCAAGCUGACGUACUAACACUAACAGCAGGGCCUUCUAUCCCUGAGUACCGUGACAAUGCGUGUCAUCUCUGGGCCAAGGAGAAGCCAUUGAUCCAAAAGCCUCGGAUGCCCUCGAGGGCCCCUGGUGCCACUGUGUAGUGCGCACUGACACCGUUCUGCCAAGGCAGGGAGCCCUGACCUCACCCCAACAGCGGUGCCAUGCUUCAAGCCUCCUGGUGCACAACAAACCCAUCCCUUGAAACUGAACAGCUCGGAAGUGGUGUGAAGAGGCCGAAGCAAGCUUCUCCCCCGCCGGUGAGCUUUCUGUGCGGAAGGGAAGAGAGUGCUGAGUGAAUGCGGAGAGCGGGGCCUGUCUCCUCGCACUUCUGUGCCCGGCGCCGUGAGGGCUGGGCUCUGUCUCCCUGGCACAGGCUCACGACUCUCCCGAAACUGAACCGACUGGAAGGAAGGUUGGGAAAGCACAGGCACUGGCCCAAGGGAAGUGAGCGUGAUCGUGGCUGUGAGGUUUCCUAUAGCGUAUUUAUAAAUGUUACUCAGGUUAAAGUAUUUAAGAAUACAGUUACCUAAUUGUAAAUAGGCUGUUAACCAAAAGAGCUUCCCCUCCCGCACUUCUCCUUGUGCCCCUUCAGCCUGCUUCUGUCCCCAGUCAUCUCCCGUCACCAUCACUAGAGGGCUCUCUGCCGCUUUCCUCGGGAGCCUCUCCUGUUCCCUCUGAGGCGAUUCCUGUCACCGAUGUGUUGUUAACUGCACCGUCCAAGAAGAGCACAAAUAUUGCCGGUCCGUUCCCCACUCUCAUCUUCCGCUAGAAGCGAAAAGCAGUUUUUGAGCCUGAAUCUGUUGCUAUUUUAAAGGUUAUUGUGGGAAACUGAGCUAAAGGAGUUAGCAUCUUUAUUUUUGUAUCAAAGAUAAAGGUUAUUUUGAAAUUAUUAGGAUUUUUUACACAACUCUGAAAUCUGUUGCUUUUGUAAACCAAUUGUUUGAUCUUAGGGACUCCUCCGACUUCCACCACCAGUCCACUCAGCAAAGCGAGUUGGGAGUCUACAGGACCUAAGCAAAGGCAGGAACAAACACCCGGUCAAACUCCUAAGCAUGAUGUCAGAGUGUUUUUCAAGAACGCAGCCAAGGAUUCUUUUCCCUUUCCACAGUGUCAUUCAUGUUACCAGGGAGGUCAGCGUCUUGUUGAAACCAACAGCUUAGCCUUAGAGCUAGGAGCCUAGACAAAUGCCCAGGAGAGCAGGGUCGAAGCCAGCCGACGAGCAGCAGCCCUGCUGUCUUAAGGAGCUCUCUCCCCACAGUGCCUGUCAUCUCCAAAGAAACUGAACUCCCUGUUAAUUUUAUUAGAACACUGCAGUUAGCGAGAACAUGCAGAAGAUAUCAUGGAGGAGACUUGUGCUAAGAUAAUGGCUUCCUGCUGCUGCCCGAGUGCCGCCACGAGGCUGCGGUAAUUCUUCGGGCCAGUUGCCCGAGUCACUCUGCUCAGUUGCUUGAGUCCCCCUAGUUCUUGCUGGCGACUCCCUCACCCUCUCCGGGUGUCUGUAUCGCAGAGUCAAGGUCAAUUGUCACCCCCUCAAGUGCUUCGAAGAAGACCCCUCUCUUGUGUUCUGUCCAGUCAGAAACUACUUUAUCUAGAUGUACCUUUUCUCCCCCUUCGCUUUGAAAAAGUCACAAUUUACUAAUAUAAUUAAGUGUGGUUCUAUCCUGGAAGGAAUAAAUUCAGUAUUAAUUCAUGUGUGCAUUGCUGAGGUUUCACUCUUUGAACCGCCUAGAUUCAUUAGUAGCUGAAGAGCAGUGGAGGCCCCUGGCUGGGAGGUGGCCUGAGGAGGGGUCCCCUGGCUCAGCACAGUUGGAGAGAAGCCAGGUGUGCCUGGUGAGAGACAGGUGCCCAGCAGUGCCCCACCCCAGCCUCGCUCCUGCCUCAGAACCUCUCUAUUCAGAGACCGGCAGGAGGACAAGAUUGCACAGUGGCCAGGAGGCAAGUUGAAAGUCUCAAUCUAUGCAUUCAGAGAAAUAUUUUUAUAUGCUUUGUGUAAUUUCUAACAAGGAUCUUUUGUUAGCUUUGUUAACUGUGGGCUCACCCCGCUCCGCUGCAUCUUUAGAGCAUGUGUUCACACGGUGUGUAAACAUUCCUAGGAGAUUCUUUUCUGUGUGCAUUGCUAACUCUUUAAACCAUAACAGAUACCAUUAAAGUUAAGUAUUAA